UCUUACCUACAAAAGAUGCAAAUUGAAAGAAAAAGAAACGAAUGCAAACGAGCGUUUGAUUUAACCGGAGAAUAAGACAUUGUUUAGAAAAAAGGAAAUGUUACAUUGUCAACAGUGUUAAUUGUAAUCAUCAGAAAUUAAUAUCUGCUGAUAGAGAAACUUAGAUUUUAUUUAUAAAAGUAUAUGUACUAUACACGUUAUUUAGUUUGUUGUUAAAAUUAGAAAUCUUUUACGCAAAUUAAAUAUAUAUAUAUAUAUAUUUUAUUUUUUUUUUAUCUAAAAACCACAAAGUUUUAUUAAUCAUGAACACUGCUCCUGAUCCCAAAGAUGUGCAGGAAUUCCUGUUUAAACAGGCAAAUGUAUCACAAAUAUGUGAUAGUUUUACGUCCAUUCCAUUAGCUUGCAACCUUGUUACUGUAGACAAGAAAAGAGGAUUACUUUAUAUAGCAAAUAAUGAUACAUUAACUAUUUUAAUAUCAGGAAGUGAGAUCAAUGUAGAACGCAAAAUAGAAAUUAAUUUACCUUUUAAUAUAUCCAAAAUAUCUUUUAACUGUGAUUAUUCAUAUCUUGCCGUUACACCAUUGGUAUCUAAAGUAUUCAUUUACGAUGCCAAUGCUCUUACAAAACAUGAAGUAAUAUUAUUAUACGAAGUACAAUUAUCUCCAUCAAAUGCAGAAGCUUUUGUCUUGGAUUUAAAAUGGAAUCCUACUAUGCCCAAAAUGUUCUGUACCGUAACAACUGAUCAUACUAUUGGCAAUUUUGAAAUAAAAGAUGGAAAAGAAAAUGCAGUUGGAAUAAAAGCAUUAGAGAAAUUAAAUGGAAUUGAAGCUUUAUGUUUGGCAUGGAGUCCUAAAGGAAAGCAAUUAGUUGUAGGAUGUAAAAAUGGAAAUAUUGUGCAACUUAAGCCAGAUUUAAAAAUUGCUAGAACUAUAUUGGGACCUAAUCCGUACGUUGGCGAAGUUAUAUCUAUCUUAUGGAUUAGUAAUUAUCAAUUUUGUGCAGCUUAUUUAAGCGAUGAACAACACAUUAAUGUUCUUAUCGUUGAUGCUCCUAAAGGGGAAGCUAAUGGAAUUUUUACAUGUUACGAAGAUAUAACAUAUGGAAUGUUUGAGGUAGAAGGAAAUAAAGAUACACCUCGUUAUUAUUUUGAUUGUGUACAAGAAUGGGGUCUCAUCAUUGCUGCAAGUAGCGGAAGUAGUGAAGUAGCUGUUUUAGGAUCAAUAGAUGGUGGUAAUACUUGGAAUCAAUGGCAACUGAUCGAUAGUGGAAGAGCACAAUUACCACUUAUCAGAACAACAGAAAGUUAUCCAGUUGGUUUUGCCAUAGAUAGAACACCAACACAAAAAUUAGCAUGGGGAGCAGAUUCAACUCUUCCACAUCCUGUUCCUAUACUUCAUAUUUUAGGAACUUCUGGUCAAUUGUGUAGUUUUCACAUGGUUAAUUUAACUCCUAAUUGUCCUGCCAUUACUUCACCACCUACUGAGACUGUAACUCUUCAAUCUCCUCCAAACAUGAUGAUACCUUCUAAUGUAUCAUUAAGUAAUGCAGUAACCAGUACUCCUUAUUCAAAAGAAAAUCGAAACGUUGCAUUAUUUGAUCGUCCUAAAACUGUAGCGUCAAAUAUUUUUGGAGAUUCAUUGAAAGCUGCUGGAUUUUUUCAACAACCUCAACAACCUCAACAACUUCAACAACCUCAACAACUUCAACAACCUCAACAAUCUCAGCAUCCUCAGCAUCCUCAGCAUCCUCAGCAUCCUCAACAUCCUCAGCAUCCUCAGCAUCCUCCACAACCUGUACAACCUCAACAAGCUCCACAACUUCAACAAACUCCACAACCUCAACAACCUCAACAAUCUCAACAAUUUUUACAACCUCAUCAACAAACUGUGCCAAAUACUAUAGAGGAAAAAGUAUCAAUGCCAGCUAAAAUUGAUAUUCCUAAAAAAUCAAUUCCUCAAGAAAUUGAAAAAGUAGAUCCCAAACCUGUUAUGACUAAAGAAGUACAUGCAAGUGAAUCUGCUGAACAGCAAAAAGUACAAAUCGAUGAUAGUAUUUAUGUACGUGCUUAUAUGGAAUUAUUUACUCUUUUUGAAAGGGAAUUAAAAAACAGAACAGGACCACAAAUAUCUGAGUGUGGAUCAGAGGAGGAACGACAACAAUUAGGAGAAAGAUCAGUUAUAGUAGAUCAAUUUCUUACCGAUUUACGAGAAACUACAAAUAGUCUAUCCACCGAUAUUGCUUAUUUGAAGGCUUUACUUAUGCAAUCUUUUGCCUGGGUCGAAGAAGCUCGAUCAAAAAAUGCAGUAAAUUCAGAAGGUGGUACUACGAGAAAUUGUGAAAAUAGUAAAAUAGCAGAAACCCAGAAACUUUUUUAUCAUACUCAAUCUCAAUUGAUACAAGCAAACAAAAUUCUUGAUUUUGAAUGGUCCGAACAUAUGUAUCAAAAAAAAUCUAAAAUGAAAAUUCCCAGUUUAGAAUUUCUUUAUCAAAAUCUUGUAUUGCAUAAUAAAAUUAUUAUAAAGGAAAAGAGCAAAAUAGAAGAACUUAAUAAAAAGUUGAAGUCAGUAAAUCGUACAAAUAAAACUUCUGGAUUAAAUCAAAUGAUGAGCAAUUUAAAAGUAUCAUCAUCCAAAAGAACGCCAAGUCUUCAAGGAAAUACAGAUGUUAUUGAUGCACGGUGUAAAGAUAUUGCUUUUAGGACGCUUAGUUUUACGUCUGAAAAACAAUUGAAAUUGAAAAAUUUACUUUUAGAAUCAUCACCAAAACUUAUCAAACCUGCAACUCCAUCACCUAUUCAAGAUCGUUUAGAAGCUACCUUAUCUUCUUUGGCAUCUCUCAGUCCUGUAAGUACAGAUUCUAAGAACAGGACAGAACAAUCUCUAACCAAAUAUGAUUCAGAAAAAGAAGAUACUGUAGGACUUAAACCGCAAUGUCCUUUGGCUUUAUUGAAUAAUGUUGUUGCCAAGAUUGGAUCACCCGAUACAAGUUCAAUGUUGAUACAAAGCAAGACAUCAGCUAAACAAAUUUCUAACGUUCCUUCUUUUCCUCCUCCAGCUGUUAACAAAUUUUUACAAGCUGACAAAAAAUAUCCUGAAAGUUUUGAGCCACUGUCACAAUCUAUGAGCAAAAAUAAUGCUAUUGCUGAUGCAACAAUGCAAAAAACUUAUAGCAAUGUAUAUGCUAAAGCAUUACCUAAAGAUACAGAGAUCAAAAAUGAUAAUCAAACAUUACCAAAAAAUGCUUUUGAAUCAAUGUCAUCAUUUUCAAAUAGCUCAUUGGCAAAUGCAUUACCAUUAGAAUUUUCAUCAGUCAAAAAUCAGCCCGUAUCACGAAAUAUUAUUGCUUCAAUGGCAUCAGGUGUACCAUCGACAAUUGCUAAAACUGAUGCUAUGAAUGCAUUUAGUUUUGCUAAUUCAAAUAUGUUGCCUGCAAUGAUAAAAAAUUCUUCAUCAAUUCCUACAUCUGGUUCUUAUCCCCCGGAAAUAUUUUCUUUUGUUUCGGAUACUGUAAAUUCCAUGUCAUCGGCUAACCAACCACAAAAAGAGUUACUCAAUUUGAUGGGAAUAUUUUUAGAUCUCGAGAAAAAAGAACAAACUGAAAUGACAUCUAUUCCAGAAAAUGUUUCAGUAAAUAAUAAGGCCAAUGUUGCUAUUAAUGCACUCCCUUCAACUGAUAUUAAUCCACCAGCAGUUUUUACAACUCAGGCUACAACUAAUAAUAAUAUAUUUGGAAAUCUUAUGUCAAAACCUAAUAUAGAAAAAACUUCUGAAACUUCAAUCGCAUCUGCUCCUGGAACAAACAGUACAAGUGAUAAAACUACAUCUACAUUUGGAGCAAGUAAUACUCAAGUACAACAACCAUCAAAUACAUCAAUAUUUAGUGGUCAACCGACGACAUCUAAUGUAUCUAUUUUUGGAGGUAAUUCAUCUUCUAUUUCAACUGCAUCGACUUUUGGAGUAACUAAAACUACACCAUCUGUAACACAAAUGUUUGGAACACAAACUACUCAAUCUUCUUCGAAUACAUUCAGUGGAUUUUCUUCUACUCCUUCAAUAGUAUCUGGCACCACUACGCCACCUUAUAGUUUCUUAUCAAAACCAAUCUUUGGCCAAUCUAAUAUUACUGUAUCAACAUCGAAUGUAGCUGCGGUAACUACUUCAUCUGCUGCAUUAACUUUUGGGAACACUACAACAGCGUCUUCGAUUGCAAAUUUGUCUCCUCAAAAUAUUGGAAAACCUGUAGAAACAACAGAGGCAAAUCCUCAAUUCCUCCCACCAACGUCUGUUACUUCAGUUACGAAUAUCUUUGAAAAAACAGCUAUAACAUCUAAUCCUGCACCAUUUAACAAUCCUCCAAGUAAUCCUGUAUUUGGUAGUAUAUCUACGACUCAAUCAACCACCUCAAUUUUUGGAGGAAAUUCUCAAUCAACCACCUCAAUAUUUGGAGGAAAUCCUCCACCAUCAACAACUCCGUCAACCACUUCAGUUUUUGGAGUAAAUACUCCACCAUCUACGACUUCGUCAACUACUUCAGUUUUUGGAGGAAAUCCUCCUCAACCAUCUACGACUCAAUCAACAACCUCAGUUUUUGGAGGGAAUGCUCCACCAUCUACAACUGCGUCAACCACUUCAAUUUUUGGAGGAAGUCCUCCACCACCCACGACUCAAUCAACCACUUCAGUUUUUGGUGGAAGUCCUCCACCACCCACGACUCCAUCAACUACCUCAGUUUUUGGAGGAAAUGCUGCUCAACCAUCUACGACUCAAUCAACAAUCCCAGUUUUUGGAGGAAAUGCUGCUCAAGCAUCUACGACUCAAUCAACAACCUCAGUUUUUGGAGGGAAUACUUCCCAACCAUCUACAAAUACAUCUAUAUUCGGUGGAAAUUCUUCUAUUACGUUUGGUUCAACUUCAACUGGAUCAAUCUUUGGGAAUAAUGCAGCAAAAUCAGCAGCUUCAAUAUUUGGAGGUGGCGGAGGAACAUCAGGUUCAAAUUCUUUAUUCGGUGUUAAUGCAAAUGCUGCAUCUUCAACGGGGGUUGCCAGUCCUUCUUCUGGAUCUUUAUUUGGAAGUUCAGCAACAAUAGGAAAUGCUAAUGCAGGAUCUUCCUCUCUAUUUGGAAAUUCUGCCAGUAAUAUUCCUACUACUGGAUCAACUUCUGUAUUUGGAAGUCCAGUAAAUGGUUCACCAUCUAUAUUAGGAUCACAACCAGCCUUUGGUCAAGCACCUGCUUUUGGUACUAAAUCUGUAUUUGGAUCAUCACCAGUUUUCGAAUCACCUAAACCUGUUUUCGGUUCAAUGGGAUUUGGAGGAACAGGAUUUGGUGCUACUUCGCCAGGAGGAUUUGGAAGUCCUCCUACUAUAGGUGGAAGUCCUUCGCCACUUGGAAGCAAUAUGCCAACUGUAUUUGGAAAUACAACAGGUAGCAGUACGUUUGAAUCUUUAGCUAAUCAAUCUGGUGGUCUAACUUUCGGUAGUUUGGCUCAGAAGACUCCAGAACCUGAAAAACCUGCAUUUUCUGGGGGAAGUUCUUUCUCUAAUUGGCGAUAAAAGUUAAAUAUAAAACAUAAUUACAUAGAGACAAAUGUAAAAAUUAUUUCUUACAUAUAAUUUUUCUAUA